AUGGAUUUCGCAGGCGUUGAAACGCUGACUCCAGAGGAGAGGAUCCUCUAUAUGGCGUUGACGAUGGAGGCAGAGCGGGCCGCCGAAAGUACCCAGAACAACGCAGAGGACCGCGAGCGUGAUACUAAUGUCAAUGACACGACUGGUAUGGAUAACAACAAUAUGGCUAUUGUUGACAGUAAUGAUACAAAUACCAUCGAUAAUAACGUCAUGGCUGGUAUCGAUACCAACGAGAUGGGUAUGGUUGAUGCUUCCUAUACGACCAGUACCGAUUUGGCCGAUUUCAAUUUUGAUAUUGAUACUGCCGAGACAACCGGUGAUAUUGAUAUUGCGGAGAUAAUCGGUGAUGAUGAGAAUCAUCAGCCUGUUAUCGAUUUGGACAAUUUCAUUGCGGAAAUUGAGGCUGGUGAUGAUGAGAAUCGUCAGCCCGGUACCGACAACCAGAGCCAUCAGCCCGGAAUCGAUGCCGAAGGCCUCCAGCCUGUCACUGAUACGGAGGACCUUCAGCUUGGCACCGCGGGAACAGACCUGCAGCAUCAGGAACAAGCUGCGCCCAGACAAGAAGGGAGGGGGCAAGUAUCGGAGGAAGAACGCCUCAGAGACCUCAGAAAAGGCCAGGCGAAACAGAGGGCAAGGCUACAGUUGCAGCAGCAGCAGAGGAUGAUCCAGGCCAUUUGGCAGCAGCAGCAAGGAUUUCGGUGGCAGCAGCAGUGGCAGUGGCAGCAACCACAGCAGUUGCAGCAACAACAGCAGUUUCAGCAACAACAGCAGUUUCAGCAACAACAGCCAUUUCAGCAACAACUGCAGUUUCAGCAACCCCAGCAGUUGCAGCAACACCAGGACCGGCAGUGGCAACUGCCACGAGAGUUCCAGCAGUGGCGACAAAACCAGGAGCAGUCCCGGCAGUGGCAACAGCAGUGGCAGUGGUAG